AUGCAAAUAAAGGAUUUUUUUAUUGAUGGAGCAGAGGAUGAUAUUCAAUGGCGAAUUCUAAGUGGAAAAAGUCGAUAUCCAGGACAUCUGCCAUUUCUGUCAAGGUCUGCUGCUAUUUUCCGGGAGUGUUUUGAUCCUAUUGUAGCAAGAUCUGGUCGUGAUUUGAUUCCUGUUAUGGUGUAUGGUAUAAUACCCUUCUUCUGCAAAUGCAUCCAUCCACACAGGUCUAUUGUUGUAUCAGUUGGUCUUCUUAGGAUAUUUGGUCAUGAGGUAGCCGAGCUUCCCAUAGUGGCGACAACUAGAGAACACCAAGGGAAAGGCUAUUUCCAAGUAUUAUUUUCAUGUAUAGAGAAGUUGUUGGUUUCCCUGAAUGUGGAAAACAUUGUGCUUCCUGCUGCUGAGGAAGCAGAGUCAAUCUGGACAAACAAGUUUGGAUUCACAAAGAUGAGUGAUGAUCGACUGUCAAAGUAUAUGAGAGAGGUGAAGUUUACAAUUUUCAAGGGAACAUCCAUGCUGGAAAAGGCAGUGCAGCAGCAACAACACAUAAUAAUACCACCAGAAUAGCUUAGCUUUUCAUUAUU